AUGGUUUCCCUGGAGUUUUUACAAGAGUUACCAAAGUGUGAACAUCACUUGCAUUUGGAAGGUACUCUAGAACCAGAUCUAUUGUUCCCAUUAGCUAAAAGAAACGGUAUCGUCUUACCAGAAGGUUUUCCUAAAUCAGUUGAAGAAUUAAACGAAAAAUAUAAGAAAUUCCGUGAUUUACAGGAUUUCUUAGAUUACUAUUAUAUCGGUACUAAUGUCUUGAUCGGUGAACAAGAUUUCUUCGACUUGGCGUGGGCCUAUUUUGUUAAAGUUCACAAACAAGGCUUGGUCCAUGCUGAAGUGUUUUACGACCCUCAGUCCCACACCUCUAGAGGCGUCUCCAUAGAAACAGUUACUAAAGGUUUCCAAAGAGCUUGUGACAGAGCUUUGGCUGAAUUUGGUAUUACAUCCAAGCUAAUCAUGUGUUUAUUGAGACACAUUGAGCCAGAAGAAUGUUUGAAAACUAUUGAAGAAGCUACCCCAUUUAUUAAGGACGGUACUAUUUUUGCCUUAGGCUUGGAUUCUGCUGAAAAACCAUUUCCCCCAAAUUUAUUUGUUGAAUGUUACCAAAAAGCCGCUUCAUUGAAUAGAGAUUUAAAACUAACUGCGCACGCAGGUGAAGAAGGCCCUGCCCAAUUCGUCUCGGAUGCUUUAGAUUUGCUGCAAGUAACAAGAAUUGAUCACGGUAUCAACAGUCAGCACGACGAGGAAUUACUGGAUAGAUUGGCUCGCGAUCAAACCAUGCUGACCAUUUGUCCUCUCUCCAACGUGAAGCUACAAGUAGUCCAAUCUGUCUCAGAACUACCUCUUCAAAAGUUUCUCGACAAAGAUGUUCCAUUUUCUUUGAAUUCUGAUGACCCAGCUUAUUUUGGCGGCUAUAUAUUGGAUAACUACAUUCAAGUUUCGAAAGAUUUCCCACACUGGGACCAUGAAACGUGGGGUCGUGUCGCUAAGAACGCUAUCAAAGGCUCCUGGUGUGACGAUAAAAGAAAGGACGAUUUACUAAGUAGAGUGGAUCAAGUAGUGACUAAAUAUUCUCAUUAG